AUGAAAAAGCAUUGUUAUGAUGUAAAUAUUUUAUCAUUUGGUAAUAUUCAAGAUGAUUCAGAAAGAUAUAAAGAGAUGGUAGAAUGGGUUAAUUCAUAUAGAGAAAUAAAUUUGAAAAGUUCUUUACGUCAACAAAAACCAAAAGCUUUAUGUCCAAUAUGUAAUUCUUAUUUAAAUCUUUCUGAUACAUAUUGCGUAGGUGAUUGUUGUCAUAGGAUUUGUUAUGACUGUAUUAAAAAACAUGUACAACAAGAGAUUAAUUCAAGUAAUGAAUAUAUUAUUUGUCCAUGUGAUCAGUGUGAAUGUAAAUUAGAUAAUGCUAAUCGAUUAUUCAAAGAUAAAAUAAUUUCAAGUGAAUUAAAAGAAAGAUAUGAAAAAAAAAUGAAUGAUGCUUAUUUAAAGAAAAAUAACUAUUCUCCUUGUCCAUUAUGUAAUGGAUUAUUACCUCCAUAUGAUGGUCCAAAUAAAAGACAUUGUAAACAUUGUAACGAUGACUAUUGUUAUAAUUGUCAUGAAAAAUGGCAUGAAGGAUUUACCUGUCAACAAUUUGCCAAUUAUAAGAAAAUGAGUCCUCUUUUAAAAGAAUUAUUCGUUGAAGGAUUAAAAUUUAUUAAAAACGAAAACGAUAUGGCAUUAUCAAAUUGCAUCAUUCAAUUUAACUCUAUGAUAUUGAAUAAUUGUAUGUCAUUUCAAAGAUUUAUAAAUUCAUUUAAGGAUAUUCCUUGUAAUCAUGCCUCUGAUGGAUUUUUUGCUUGGCAUGGAAGUUCUGAGAUAGGUGUUAAAGGGAUUUGUCAAGAAGGUUUUGAUCCUAAGAGAAGAAGUGGUCAAACUUAUGGUAUUGGAGAAUAUUUUGGAGUUACAGCAAAAGACUCAGGAAAUUAUUUAAAAGAAAAUAGUAAUCAUAUGAUUUUAACAUUUAUUUCAAGUAAACAGUUUAACACAGUACAUAACAAUUUUUGUUAUGUAAUAAAUAACCCAUUGGAUUGGAGUUAUUCAUAUUGUCUUCCAUUAUUUAUAGUGUCAUAUCGUAAUCAUUCAGAAGUAGAUUAUGUGUCAAAAGAAAAUUAUCAAAAUUAA